CUUGGUGAGCUGUCUUUUAACUCCCGUUCAUUGUCACACAUGGAUAUGAUUCAUGUUUUUCUCAUUGUUCUUUUUGGUCCCGUAGGAGCUUUAUCUUCUAGUCAUAACUUGACCAGUGGGACAGUGUUGGAGAUGAUGGUCAGACCAGGAGAAAACAUAACUCUCUACUGUGACUGUAAAACUUCAACUGGAGAAUUCAUAGUGUGGUACAGGAAUUGCUCUCACGAGAAACAACCUUCUCUUAUUCUAAAAACAAAGCUUGAGCAAAGACAAUAUAAACCAGGUAUUGAUUACCAAAACCUUCUGAAUCCAUUCCCUAAUUUCCAUCUUGUGAAAAAUUAUUCCUCUCAAUCCUAUGACCUGCUGAUCACAAACAUCACUGAUUCGGAUGAGGGCUUCUACUACUGUGGAACUGAACAGUCUAAGGUGAAGGAAGAAAAAGCAAUUAAUCUUGAAUGCCUAUAUAGAUAUGGAAAACUCACCACAAGGAUUGUGUUUCAAUCCCCUGAUUCUACUCUUUGCCAUGACUCCUGUGUUUCCAGUAUUGUGUCCAGGAUGAUGGUGCUUACUCCAGCAUUUUCUAUUUUUGUUUCCUUUGUCUCCUUUGUAUUUGUUUAUCAACUGUGUCAGAAAACAGAUGCAGAAAAAGGACGUGAAAUUCAUCAGAAAAGAAAAAGACAGUAUGAAGAUGAAGACUUGUGUUUAACACAAGUCAUGUUCCAGGCUCAGGAUGGAUAUAGACAUCAAUAGACAGAUUCAUGAUGAAGAAAACCUAGGAAGUUUACCAAAUUUUCACAGAAAAAUAAAAUCCCAGUGAAUUACAUAACAAUAGUUGUCACUUGCCAGGCUUGUCUUUUUGCAGUUCAUUGUUUUAGCUUUUAUCUCCCUUGCUUUGUUGCUUUUCCUUUCAAUGAAUUGUACAGUAUUAAAAAAUAGUUAAAGUUGUAGUUGUAAAUGUUCACACAUCUAAAAACUAUAUAAAAUAUAGUCUAUUGUUUAUCGUUUACUCUUGCAUAUUGAUUGUAAUGGACUGCAAUACUUAUAUUGCAAAAAAAA